AUGCCGUCAAAACGCGUCAUUCGUGGGUUGAACGACCAGGUCAGAGGAACGAAACCUGUGACACCGGCGCAAGAGCAGCUGCAGGCACGCCGCCAGCAAGACUUGGAACACACAGCGAAAUCAACUGCUGCGAUAUUGAAGAGGCUUAAAGACGAACACAAUCGACCUCCUCCUCUUCGUGACGAUUUACAUCCGCCUCAUCAUGAAGAGGACAACUUUAUCGCGCCCCACGAUAUGGACAUAGACGAGCCUCCAGAUGAUGACCCUGGUGAGGCACCCAAUUUGAACCGUUUUAUGCCAGAUCCACAUCACGUCGAAGCGGAACCUGUCGACCCUGUUGUUGCCGCUUUGCGCAGGGAUCAGCAUUUAGCUGACCGCUUAAACCACGAGAAUAAAUGGUUGUGGCAGUACGCGGUGAUGUUACCUACCUUUCUUCGAUGUAAGAUGGAAACAUCGAAUUGGGGGAGACGAAGAGAAGUGGAAGCAAGACUUACGAGAACCCUGCACCUGUGCGAUUGCGACCGAGCGUGA